AUGGAGUACUUCAACUUUGAGGAUGCCUCGAAUGUUCCUCCGUUUGACUUGGAUGAUGUAUAUUCGAUAACAGGUGAAGCUUGUGAGCAAGAGGCCAACGACUGUUAUGAAUCAUUGUUCUUUGAUAAGACCAAUGCCCUCCCGACAUCUCAACCAACACCGUCAGGUCCCAUGAAACUCAAACUCGUCAAUGAUGUCGAAAUCGAAGUCAUUCCACAUACCGCCGAUGUUUCAGCAGACUACCCAAUGUUUCGUGCCAAAGAUCCUUGUGAUCUCUGUUCGAGGAUGGGUCUAGACUGCUUUUUGGCUACCAGAGGGGCCAUGGUUACAGGUUGUACCUGUUGCAUAUCUCUGUAUCGUGAAUGCAGUUUUGUUCAUCCAAAGAUCCCAAGAGGUUUUGUGAGCACCUUUCCGGGUAUUUCUGAGGACAAUCAAGUCUGUGAGGGUUCCUUGACCGAAAGGCGUAGAGCCAUGAGAUCAAUGGAAGAGGGUCGGGGUCGAAAGACUGGUGCUCGAUUCCCUCGUGAUGCAACCAAGAUGUUGAAACAAUGGCUUGCAGAGCACUCAGAUCAUCCAUAUCCAAAUGAAAGAGAAAAGGACGAACUCAAGCAACUCACUGGGCUGAAGCGCAGUCAAAUCUCCAAUUGGCUUGCCAACGCUCGGAGGAGGGGGAAGGUUCGACCAGCCAACUCAGAUCCCUCAUCUCCUAUGCUUGGUGCCAUUGAUAUUCCUCAAAGGUCUGAUAACAAAGAUGUCGCAGACCUCAACCCGCUCGAUAGAUGGAAGGCAUCUCCACCAGAAAAUGAACCUGCAUCAAUGACUGCCAUCGCCAGAGCCGUCACCUCGACGCCGCUACCAGUACGAAACCCAUCCGUAACUAGUCUUAGCCAUCAGGGCUCUCGACCCAAUUCCCGAAAAGCCUCCAGCGAAGAUUCCUCCUCAUUUUCCAUGUUCCGAGCUCCUUCAGUGAGCAGUUUCGAAACUCGAGAGUCCAGUAACAGUGAUAUGACGUUUGCAUCAUCAAGGUCCAACCGAUCCAAGGGGUCAUUUGCUUCUUCUCAAGAUCGUCGGAGGCGCCGAAGAGCUCCAAUGCCACAACGAGCUGCAGCACAACAAGCCAAAUCAAGGAGUACGAGAAUAUUUCAAUGCACAUUUUGUACAGAUUCAUUCCCUGCAAAAUAUGAUUGGCAACGACAUGAAAAGUCACUGCAUCUUGCUUUGGAACGAUGGACUUGUUGUCCUGAUGGAGGAAUCAUGACUGAUCCACUGACUGGAGCUCAACAAUGUGCAUUCUGUCGAGAAGUGGAUCCAAGUCUUGAUCAUUUGGAAUCACAUAAUUUUACCGCGUGUCAAGAGAAAACACUGCAAGAACGAACCUUUUACCGGAAGGAUCAUUUGAGUCAGCAUCUGAAAUUGAUGCACAACACAAAAGUGCAGUCUUACAUGGACAAGUGGAAGAGUACCACGAAUGAAAUUCAGUCAUCUUGUGGAUUCUGUCCCUCAAAAUUCACCACCUGGCAACAACGUGCCGACCAUCUCGCUGCGCAUUUCAGAAAUGGUUCAGAUAUGAGUCAGUGGGCCAAGGGUUGGGGAUUUGAACCGUAUGUCGAGAGAUUGGUUGAGAAUGCCAUACCUCCAUAUUUGAUAGGUCACGAGAAGAAUUCCAUGGAACCUUAUGUCGCCAGAGCUCAGAAAGCACCCUCAUGUUCCACCGAUGCUGGACUUACCACUGGCACAUCGGCUGAUAGUGCCGAGCCUGAUCAAUUGACAAAGGACUCCAACUGCUGGGGUAGAUUGGAGCAAGAAUUGGUCAAAUUUGUGUUGAGGUGCAAGAGUGCAGGCACUGUCCCGACCGAUAAGGAGAUUCAGGACCAAGCCCGUAUGAUCAUCUAUGAGGAUAAUGAUCCCUGGAAUUGGACUGCGGCAGACAAUCAGGAAUGGCUCGAUACCUUCAAAUAUCAGAAUGGGAUUGGUACAUUUACUGACUCCAUGGCUGCUCAUGCUCUGGCUGAAGUCCCAAUAAUGGCACCAUAUGUUAUCAAGGGUGGUCUGAAGACCAAAGCCUGCCACGCAGCCGCGCAAAAGCGAAAGAGUGUUUCUUCCAAUUCAAACCCGACGCCAGAGUGCGGCAGUCUGCCCACGUCGGCCAGUGUAACCACAUUCGACCAGAACAUGGAGUUUGACUUUGAUGGCAUCGACUUCGGUGGUCUUGAUCUUGGAGUGAUGGAUGACUUGGCUUUCGAGUCGGGAGGCUUGUCUGGCCAGCUGCAGCCGGGAGAUCUGGGUUUGGAGCCCAUGACAGCUGCACAAUUCUCAUCUAGUAUCCCGAUUGAUCCAGUAUUUGGAUCCUACGAUCCUAAUGGGUUGGCGCUCGACCUGAAUGGAAGUGCGGGAUUCCAGCAGCAGAAGCAGUCGAUGAACAACAUGGAGUUCAUGACCGACCAGGAUAUCAGUCAUUUGACAGGAUAUAUGGCAGGAUUCAAGUAG